AUGCAAGAGCCUAAGCCUGUGCGAAAGCUCCUAAAUAGUUGGAAAAAGAUUGUUGAAGAGAAUGAUGUGUAUAAGAGACAUGUUGAUCAUUUACUUGGUCUUUACACUGAGACUGAAGGAAUUGGAGAAGUAGAGGAGUGGAUAUCAGAGCAUCAUGAGAGAAUGGAGCAAGCUUUUGAAGAAGCCUCCAAGAGGACGGAGUUGAAUGUGCUUCGAAGAAGGGUAGCUCGGGAUGUCAAGGCUGAAGAUGUUGACCUAAAAAUUGGGACAAGAGUAUUUCUUCGCAAGAGGAAUGUAAAGGGAAGAAACAAAAUUCAAGAUGUGUGGGAUCCUAUACCUCACCGAGUAGUUAAACGGUUGGAGACAGGAGGUCAUACAUAUGUGGUAGAAUCUCUUCAAGGGAAGCCCGUUUGUAAAACUGUACAUAGAGGUGAAUUGCUUGAGGCAAAAGAUCUGCUGCCUGAUAUUCUCCAUGAUCCUGUCGUACCAGAGCAAAAUGUAACCAGUGCUGUUAAGAAUACCCUACAAGAGGAUAGCGAUUCAGAUACUGAUGUAGAAGGUUAUGUACGAAGAACGGAGGUACUGUCACAUGAUAUAGUUGAAGCCAAAUCCUAGUCGAGUACACCCCCAAACAAUGAUUCUACCCACCUCACUGGAUUAUCAGAAAAUUCAGAUGAUAUUCAACCACGACGUACUUCUCGGUCAACUGCUGGUACUCAUUCAAAUCCACAUCAUUUACCUAUAGCUGCACUGCAGGAAUCAAAUAGUCUACAGUUUAUAGACUCCAACGUUUUGGCAGCUAUUGCACAAUCAAAUUUACUUAUCAUGCAGUGUCUGAAUAGGAAACAGCAGGUCGAUGAGGACAUCGCCUGAAGCAGGGAAGUGUGUAACAUGGUGAUUCACAUACAAUUGUAAAUUUAUUUUCGAAGGCGAUAAUUGCCUUCCAUACUACAUCGUCUUUUUUUUUUUAUCUUUCUCCUUUACGCGGUUCAGUAAAACUAAGUUACCAAAGCUAGCUACUAAAGUUAUAAAACUAUCAAGAUUAUAAAAUAUUUAGGAAAUUUGCACUUUGAAGUGCCAUCACUGGGUAGAGUGAUCGUACUGUUUGGUUAUUGUGAACGUAUUGCUCAGGAACUGCAAAGCCGGGGUAAACGAUGGUUUAAAUGACGUUUCACAAAAUCUUGUUAUUAAUAUUGUGGUUGUAUAUUAAUGUGAUGGAAGUCUGCUACCUUGUAUAAUUGAUGUAAAAUGGAGGUUUCCAUGUAUAAUAAUGAUACUAUAAAAUAUAUAAUAUGUAAUAUGUUCUCAACAUUUCGUUAAGGUUAAAAGUGUGGAAAAUGUUAAUCAACGGCUUGUGACUCCCUGUCCACCGUUAAUGAACUGGCAUCUCUCCGAUGACAUACUUAAUAUACCAUUUGCGAACUACAUAAGAUUAACAAAUUUAAGCAAUUUAUUCAUAAUUACACAUAAAGUUAAAGCAAAUGUUAAAUGAUUUCAAGUUUAUCUUAUUGCACUAGACUGAUGUUUAUGUCUUAUGCAUUGCAGGUUUUUUUCUGAUUGGAAAAUAAAAGAAUUUAAG